UCCUGCAGGUCUGUUUGUUCUGCUCUCCGGAAAACGGCCUCUGAUUCCAACCAGCUGUUUCCCGCCUCACACAGAUCAGCUGCACACACACACACACACACACACAGAGUAGGCGGAGGCAGCAGACAUCCACACACCGACACGUAGUAGGCGGAGGAAAAAAGCCACACACACACAUUGGAGGGAACCCCAUCAGCUGUAGGAAGCAACACAGCUUGAAGUUACUUUUAUUUGUCCAGCCUUUCUUCAUAUUUCUUGAUUUAUUAGUUUUAUUUUAGAUGUGCACCGUUGAGGAGUUAUAACCAACGCUCCGUGCUCGAGACAUAUCUGGUUAUAUUUUACCAAGGACAGCGGUGGAGGAAGAAAAAAACAGAAAACACGGACUACAGAAGGUGGCUUUGAAAGCAUGGAAUAUUUCAUGAUGCCGACAGAGAAGAUACCGUCCUUACAGCAGUUCAAGAAGACGGAGAAGGAUGUUAUUGGAGGUCUCUGCAGUUUGGCCAACAUCCCUCUCAGUCCAGAAACAGCCCAGGACCAAGAGAGGAGAAUCCGCCGGGAGAUUGCCAACAGCAACGAGCGUCGGCGCAUGCAGAGCAUCAAUGCUGGCUUUCAGUCUCUUAAAACACUCCUGCCCCACACAGACGGAGAGAAACUCAGCAAGGCGGCUAUCCUGCAGCAGACAGCAGACUACAUCUUCACCUUGGAGCAAGAAAAGACACAGCUCCUGGCACAGAACAACCAACUCAAACGCUUCAUUCAGGAGUUCAGUGGCUCCUCACCAAAGAGGAGGCGAGCUGAGGAGAAGGAUGAAGGAAUUGGCUCUCCAGACACACUGGAGGAGGAGAAAGUGGAAGAGCUGAGGAGGGAGAUGUUAGAGCUUCGACAGCAACUAGACAAGGAACGCUCAGCACGAAUGCAGCUGGAGGAGCAGGUGCGAUCUCUGGACACCCAGCUGCACCCUGAGCGUCUCAAGGUGAUCACACAGCAGGUGGAGGAGGAGCAGGCGCUCCUGCAGAGCCAGACGCUGCUACGGCUGCAGCAGAUCCAUGCUUCUGAUAGACAAGCACACAGUCCAAAGGUCCUGGCUCCUCCCACUCCUCCUGCACCAACCCACCACCCCACAGUGAUUGUCCCGGCCCCAACACUAACCCAGCAUCCCCACCAUCAUGUCACCGUGGUAACCAUGAGCCCGUCUGUCCACACCAGCACGGUGUCUACAUCCAGACAAAACCUGGACACUAUUGUGCAGGCCAUUCAGCACAUCGAGCGCACUCAGGAGAGAAGAGCGAGUGCUGAGGAGGAGCAGAGGCGAGCGGUCAUCGUCAGCCCCGCCCAUGUCGCCAUGGACACAGCCUGCUCGGACACAGACACCGACACAGAGGGAGAGGACUGCUCCAUGAACUGAUCUGCCCCAUAAACACACUCACACAGAAACACUUAAAAAAAACCCUACUCACUGUAAGAUUCCCUCCAGGAGCUUGACUACUCUUUAAAAACAGAAAUUCUUCUUUGGCAUUAUCCAAACUCUUACAUCCAGUGGUUAAGCUCAUCAGCAUCGUACUGUAAAAGAUUGAGAACAUAGGAUGGGUCAGCGUGCUGAGGAGACCCUGUGGGAUUUCUCGGGGCUGUUUUUUAAGUGUCAGAGCCGGUCUGUGGCUACUUGAAACUCGAGGUUGUCCUCUUGUUAAAUUGAAUCAAAGCUCUCAGCAUCAGUCCGUCCUACACGUGUGUUUAAAUGUAUGCUACAUACAGCUGCAUCACCCCCGUUACCCGUCGUCACCGGCACGCUGACAGUAUUACUUGUGCUAUAAAUUGACGGAAAGAUGAAUGUAUAAAACUCAAUAGUCGAGCAGCUCGUUCCUUUGAGAAGCGAUGUGGAGUUACAGCUAUUUCUUGCCCAGUCUUAAUUUCUGUUUCCUGAUUGGCUUGCUGAUGAGAAGCUGAUGUUCUCUCGCCAGCUGCCAAAAGUAACAAACUUAAACUACCACAGAAGGCUAAAUUUAACAAGUCCUGGAAAACCUCAAAACUAAUUAAGAAACUAAUUUGAGGAUGUAUGUUGAAUGAAAUUAUGUCUGAUUUACUUGAAAAAAAGGUUUCCACGUCUAAAUAAGCCCUUUGAAAAAUAAGCUGUUGAACAAUAUGAAUUGAUGGUCUUUUUUGUUUUUCCAUGUUUUGUGCUAACUUUUUUUCCUGUCAGGGUUACUGAAUGUUGAAGGUGAAUUUUAUUUUUGUUAUAUGAGAUUAAAAACUAAAUAUUGGAGGUUUGUCAGAUCUUCACAGAGAACUGGAAGCCCUGAGAUGAAUUGGCAAAUAUCUGAUUUAAGCCAAAGUUGGCUUAUCUGUUUUCUACCGCAGACAGCGGUAACAAAUAUGGAUCCAGAAAACGAACACGUGCAUCAUUUAGUAGCUGGUGUAAACGUUGGAUCAAUCUCAGACAAUCUGACUGAAUCAAAAAUCCUCCUUGCAUUUGGAUUAAUGUAAUGUUCAGCUAAUCUGAAGGCUUCCGGUUCUCCUCCAGUCUCUUUGGCUCUUGUUUUGUUGAUUUCAGUGACUAUGCACUAGAGUUUAUUUGGUAUUUAUGCAAUUCCAUCGUCAGUCCAUUUUGGGUUCAUUUCUACAUGAGGUGAAGUUAUCUAUGCACCGUUGAUAGGUGUAAAAGUUACACCUACAGUUUAUGUGUGAAACUUGACCUGCGUUUCUCAAAGAAUGUAGUUUCUGCCUGUGAGGUGCUCUCUGCCAGCCAAAACACCAUCCGUCAAACUUCACACCUGAUCACAUCUGUUACCUGUGCCUGUAUUUUGGCUAAAACAAUAUUUGUGCAUGUUUGUUUAGAGCAAGGAAGCAGAAAGGGCUUCUUGGAGCACUUUUGGUGUCUUAAAGUUGUUUUUUGGUCACUUGCAUAGAAAUAACCUUUAGAAAGACAGCAGAGACAUCAGAAAAUAAAUUAAUUUAAAGAUUGAAUCGAGGGAAGGAACUCAAGUGUACACACUCAUAGCUACAGGUUCAUUGCAAAUAACCCAAAAAACAUAAAGCUCACAGAAGCACUGGCUGACUGUCAGAUCCUUGUCUCUCAGUCUGUCCACCUCAUGUUCUGUUGCUUAUAUUUCUGUCGGGAAUUUGACUGGAAAUCCUGCUCGGAGCCUCCCUCCUGUCAGACUCAAUUUGAUCCGCUGACUUGAUGCUGUAAACAUUCCUUUUAUUUGGAUUUGUAUCUGUCUUUUGAUCUCUUACAUGUUCUAUUGCCAAUUGAAUGCAUGUUACUAAUUGCUGUUUCCUCUUGUCUAAAUUGCGCUUUUUUCUUUUUUUGCUUUGACAUGUGUUUAUUUUUCUGCAAGGUUUCCAACUUUUUCCAUCACAUAACUGAUUCAUUCAGUUUGAAAUUUGUCUCCUGUGAGAUCUGUGGACACUUUUCAGUCACUGAUAUCGAUUAUAUAUCUGGUUAGACUAGUAUUUUUAUGCCAAACAUGGGGGGAAAUUUCUGUAUUUUGUUUUGUGAAACUUUGUUAAAGGAUGUGUUUGACUGAUAGAGAGUAAAUCAAAGCCUGACAUAGGCUAAGGUUUAUUUGAAGUCAGUGCUGCCACAUUCCCUUAGAUGUUUCUGUACAUUGUGUUGCAGCACUGCUGUUUUUUGGUGGAAUUUGAGGUUUUUGAUAUGAAGCACUUGCUGUUCUGUACUGCCUGAAUCAAUGAUGAGGAAGUUUUUUGUUUUUUUUUCUGACAUUAACUUUUUUUGUAAACUCUUUGCUCUGAUACGACUCAACAGCUGUUUAUUGUGUUCUGCUUUUUUUCUUUUUGCAUCUGUCUUUCUUGUCCUGUUCUCCAUUUUUGGUGACAAGCUUUUUUUUUUAUAUAUUUUUGUGAUUAUUUUGUUCCCAUCAGUCCAGGUCGAUGAGAAGCUGUUAUAUUUUGUUUAUAAAAAAAACUUGGGUAAACAGGCCUUUGUAAAGAUGAA